ACUGCGGUCACGUGGCAAACUAAGCUGCGUUCACGUGAUCCGGAAAAAUCAGCUUCAUCACAUCAAAUGGCUUCACAGCGUGGACAGUUUAUGCUAACACAUGGAAAUACCCUGCUGUAGUUGUUUUUUUAGGUGUAUUCAUGUGUGUUCUGGGAUGGAGGAUGCACUAACAUUUACUUCAGUGACUUAAAUGUAGAAAACCUGAACUCCAUUCAAGAUCAGGGUGUUUUUCUCUGACCUUCAGGGUCCACUCGAAGGCAACACACAGUCAGCUGUUCUGAAUUGUUGAAUUGAACACUUUGUGGAGGAGGUUCUGCAGCUCUGCGCUCCAGGGGGGGGAAGUGAACUGUUCGCAGCAGCUUGUGUUUCACAUCCUGUUUCGUGCUGCAGGCUGGCUGUUGAUGAGAUCUCCUGACAAACACUGGUGUGACUGUUGCGACAACAGGCAGGCGACGGAGAGGAGCAGCAGGAUGAAGACGUUGUGAAAGUCUGCCGUGGAGGACAGAGGAAGCAGGAGGCCACAGAGGAGUGGCGGCGGUGGUCACUCUGUGGAGAUGGAGCGUCUCCACUGGGUGCAGCAUCGAUGCCGGCACCUCCUGGACGGUGACUCGGGGCGGGGAUGGUACUCUGCUCCUAACGGCCUGCCCAACAAGAACUUCUCGGAGACCCACGGCUCGCCUCAGAGGGUCAACGGGAAGCGGAGGACGGUGUUUGCUCGCCAUGGGCCUCACCAACAGGACUACGAAGCGGUGUCCAGGAACUACAAGGGCAAUGCCAUCAGAACUACAAAGUACAGCUUGUUGACUUUCCUCCCCAUGAACCUGUUCCAGCAGUUCCACAGGGCCGCUAACCUCUACUUCCUGUUCCUGGCGUUGCUGAACUGGGUGCCGGUCGUUGAAGCCUUUCAGAAGGAGAUCACCAUGAUUCCUCUUGUGGUCGUUCUCACCGUUAUCGCCAUCAAAGACGCUCUGGAAGACUACAGACGCUACCUGUUCGACAAGAAGGUCAACAACAACGUAGUGCGAGUUUUGUGUGGUAAACAGAAGGCGUACGUCCAGCGGUGCUGGAAGGACGUGCAGGUUGGAGACUUUGUGCGUCUGUCCUCGAAUGAAAUCAUCCCGGCUGACAUGCUGCUGCUGUACUCCUCUGACCCUCGAGGGGUUUGUUACAUCCAGACCUCCAACCUGGACGGAGAGACCAACCUGAAGCAGAGACAGGUGGUGUCAGACCUCCCGUUUCAGGGAGCAGAGCUGACCCUUGAGAACUUCAAGAGUCGUAUCGAGUGUGAGAAUCCCAACAAUGACCUGAGCAGGUUCAGAGGUUACAUGGAGCAUCCCAACGGAGUCCGUGUCGGCCUCCAUAACAGCAACCUCCUGCUGAGGAGCUGCACCGUCCGCAACACAGAGACUGUGGUGGGCAUCGUGGUCUACGCCGGUCAUGAGACUAAAUCCAUGAUGAACAACAGCGGGCCUCGGUACAAGCGCAGCCAGCUGGAGAAGCGCCUGAACACAGACGUCCUGUGGUGUGUGCUGCUCCUCAUCGUCAUGUGUCUGACCGCGGCUGUAGGUCAUGGUCUCUGGAUGAAGAACCUGAAAGACCCGAUCUUUCAGGUGGAUGGGGAGACGUCUCCUGCUCUGGCUGGAUUCUACGUCUUCUGGACGAUGAUCAUUGUGCUGCAGGUCCUGAUCCCCAUCUCUCUGUACGUGUCCAUUGAGAUCGUGAAACUGGGUCAGAUCUACUUCAUCCACAACGACCUGGCUCUGUACAACGAGCAGCUGGACUCCAGGAUCCAGUGCCGGGCCCUGAACAUCACGGAGGACCUUGGUCGGAUCCAGUACCUGUUCUCUGAUAAAACAGGGACUCUGACAGAGAACAAGAUGGUGUUCCGGCGCUGCAGCAUCUUCGGGAUCGAAUAUCCUCAUGAGGAGAACGCUCGGAGGCUGGAGGUAUACGAGGCGGAGAGGAACGAGGCGGAGAGGAAUGAGGCAUCCGGUCGCUCUGUGACUCUGAAGUCGGGCUGCAGCGGGAAAUCUCUGAGCUGCCGCUCUCUGAGCUGUAACCGCAGCUCCGUGUCUCUGCACACGCUCACCAACGAGGCAGAGGAGGAGGAAGACCAGCUGACCGAUCACAUCCAGCGCAGGACCAGCGCCUUCUGCAGCCGUGUGGCGAGGGAGGUAGUACCGGACCCUGAGCUUGUGAGGAAGCUGAGCUGGCUCUGCUCUCCUGGGCUGACUCUGAGUGACGGCUCCUUUAGGACUCCCUCCAGCCUGGAGCUCACCUACAUCACAGACUUCUUCCUGGCUCUGGCCAUGUGCAACAGCGUGGUGGUGUCCUCGCCCGGGCAGCCCCGUCACAUGGUACCUGAAGCACGAGGAACACCUCUGAAGUCUUUGGAGGAGAUCAAACUGCUCUUCCAGCGCUUCAGCUUCUCUCCGUUCUCCACCCUCUCCCCUCCUCAGAUCAGAGGCAGCCCUCACAGCUUCACCAGCCGGCUGUUCGCCAGCAGGAAGACCGGCUCCUUCACCUUCCCCACACCUCCUGACAGCACCGCAGAUAGGUCAGAACCAGGCCCGGAAAACCAUCUGGAAGCCUCCAACCUGACACCUGAACUGGACUUACCCUCCAGGGAGGACGAAGGUGCUGGACAGGCGGAGGAGAGGGUGGAUGAUAUUACAGAGUAUGCACAGCUCAGCCCUGAAGAGAGAGAUCUGACCCGGGAAGUGGACUCUGAUGAUGAGCUGCUGUAUGAGGCAGAGAGUCCAGACGAGGCGGCUCUGGUCCACGCUGCCCAGGCGUACCGCUGCACCCUGAGGGGCCGGUCUGCAGAGAGCCUGCUGGUGGAUCUGCCAGGAAUCGGCUCCUUGGCGGUCAAGCUGCUCCACAUCCUGCCGUUUGACUCCAACAGGAAGAGGAUGUCUGUGGUGAUCCGCCACCCACUCUCAGGACAGGUGGUGGUUUACACAAAGGGAGCGGACUCGGUCAUCAUGGACCUGACGGAGGCGCCUAAAGGUGCAGAGCAGGCUCAGGAGAUCUACGGUCACAUCCGAGAACAGACCCAGAAACAUUUAGACAGCUACGCCAGAGACGGCCUGCGCACACUCUGCAUCGCCAAGAAGGUUCUGGAGGAGGAGGAGUACGAGGUGUGGCUGAAGAGGCAGCUGCUGGCCGAGAGCAGCAUCGAGAACAGAGAGGAGCUGCUGCUGGAGUCGGCUCAGCGGCUGGAGACCGGCCUCACGCUGCUGGGUACCACAGGGAUUCUGGACCGACUGCAGGAGGAGGUCCCAGAGACCAUCGAAGCCCUUCAGAGGGCUGGGAUCAAAGUAUGGGUCCUCACCGGGGACAAAAAGGAGACGGCCAUCAACAUCGCCUACGCCUGCAAACUCCUCCGUGCAAACGACCAGCUGCUGACGGCCAGCUGUGGGAGCAAGGAGGCGUGUGUAGCUUUACUUCACGAGCUCAGACUAGAAGUGCAGCGUGGUGAGGACAGUCACACUGAAGCAGGGAAUCAUGGGAAAUCCUCCUCGGACAGUGGGGCCAGUUUCGUCCUGGUUAUCGACGGACGCACGCUGGACUGGGCCCUGCAGGAGGAGCUGAAGAACGACUUCCUGGAGCUGAGCUGCCGGUGUAGGGCCGUGAUCUGCUGCAGGUCUACGCCGCUGCAGAAGAGUCGGGUGGUCCGGCUGAUCCGGGACCAGCUGGGCGUGAUGACGCUGGCUGUGGGUGAUGGAGCCAACGACGUGAGCAUGAUUCAGGUGGCUGAUGUGGGCGUGGGGAUCUCUGGUCAGGAGGGCAUGCAGGCGGUCAUGUCCAGUGACUUCGCCGUGUCCAGGUUCAAACACCUCAGUAAGCUGCUGCUGGUCCACGGCCGCUGGUGUUACUCUCGUCUGGCAAACAUGAUCCUCUACUUUUUCUACAAGAACGUGAUGUACGUGAACCUGCUGUUCUGGUAUCAGUUCUUCUGUGGUUUCUCGGGGAGCGUCAUGACAAACUCCUGGGUGCUCAUCUUCUUCAACCUGCUCUUCACCUCCGUCCCUCCUCUCAUCUACGGCGUCCUGGACCGAGACACGCCUGCGGACACUCUGAUGGAGCUGCCCGAGCUCUACCGGGACACACAAACCUCAAAGGUCUAUGUUCCCUUCAUGUUCUGGAUCACAGUCCUGGAUGCCUUUUACCAAAGCCUGGUCUGCUUCUUCGUGCCGUAUUUUGCGUACGCAGGAUCAGACGCCGGGGAUCUGUCCUUGGGUUCUCCGAUCAACGCCUCAGCUCUCUUCAUCAUCCUGCUGCACCAAGUCAUCGAGAGUCACACUGUGACGUGGAUCCAUGCGCUGGUGUUGGGGUUCAGUGCCGGUUUGUACUUUGGCUUCGUGCUGCUCUUCAGUCUGAUCUGUGUGACCUGCAGCCCCCCCACCAACCCUCUGGGGGUGGAAACACUCCAGAUGUCCCAGCCUCUCUUCUACAUCGUGUGUGCUCUCACUACAGUGAUGGCUCUGUUACCCAGGCUGUUAUUCCGAGCGCUACACAACACCCUCCACUCCACUGCUGCUCAGACGGACAACGCAGAUUCAGAGAAAUACCGCAGGAAGAUGCAGCGCUGGAACCUGAAACACUCCCGAGACAGCAGAGUGCCGGUGUGUGUGGAUAACCCCGGCCUGGAGCCAAACACAGCCUCAGUGAUGUCCUGACCUUUACACACACACACACACACACAGAGGAAGAGAUCUCUCCUGUACGACCUGACAGGAGACAAAGACUGUUGACUUUCCUCCAUGGAUAUUUAUUCUCUCUGCUGAAGCACUGAUCAUUUCACUUCAGAACUCUGAGCGAGACUCACAUGGUCCAAUGUCCCGACUGAAUCAGAGUAUCUGUCGGACACCUCACUGAGACUCUGUGGCACAGACUCUGAGGAACACCAUCAGCAUUUCCCACAUUUGAAGACAGAGCUUCCUUGGGUCGUUUAACAUCUGAAUUCAUCCGUUUUUUAUCUUCUAGGAUCAGUGAGUGAGAGCAGCCUGUCAUGGCCUGAAGCAUGAAAUCUGUUGAAUUUAUGAAAACAAUCAGAUCUACAUCCACACUGCAGGUUCAAAUGUAAUCCUAAGAUAUGAAUGAACAUUUGACAGACAGAGGAGGAAAAGUAGUGAAAAGAGAGGGUGCACUACAAGCAUGUAUUUAAUGUUGACUCUCUCUCUCUCUCUCUGAUGCUUCUUUCUUCGACGUCUGCAUGUACGACACAAUGACUAAACUAGACUUCACUGCUUUAUUUCUCAGACGUCAUAAAGCGUCAGGAUGAAGAAAGUACUUGUGUCUGGCACUGAGCAUCACAGCUGUAGACAGUACAUCUGACCACAAGGGGGCAGCAUAACACAGAGCUGUGAUAUCCUGCUGUACAAGUAAUUCCACAGCAAAGACACCAAUGACCAACGUAAUCAUCCCUUCGUUUAAAGACUAUAACAAAGAUGCUGCAUUCUGUCCCCUCUGUGGGCGUGGUCUUGUUCAUUUCUCUAAAACUGUUUCAGGUUAGAUGUAAUGUUUAGUGACCAGUGGUGAGGUAGAGUCCCAGCAGGGGGAGUCCCCGACACAGAACUGAGGGGUCUAGUCCAAAGCAUUGUCAUGCUUCGUGUCUGUUCUCUUCAGUUCGAUCGACAUCUCUUCCUCUCAGCUCCUCGUAUGUUUAACAUCCCUUGCCGUCUCUCUUCUUUCCUCUGCCGGUUCCCGCUCAGCCUUUAACCACCAUGUUUGAUUUCUGUUAUCUGGUCGAUGAUGAAGAUGGGCCGUCGGUUCAGCAUCAACAAAGCCUUCCUGCGCCAGAGAGAUGUCUCAGAGUUCAGAACAUUCCAAUAAGCUUCUGAGUGUUGAAGUUUUACGUGGCUUCUGAAAAGCUUCGUGAGUUCUGAGUCAUACUUUGAUCAUUCCAGGACUCUUGCUUGAAUCUCCUGAAGGGGCGGGGCAGGGACUCUUUUCUAGAUGUCAGUGCAGCGUCUCUUUCUGAGCAGUCUCUGGUUAAUCCUUACUGUUUGAAUGAAAUGAUAAAAGCCUGCAGUGUGGACGUAGACAGAUUUUUGGGCUGUUCUCCUCUCACAAACAGAUCCUCCAACCUUUGUUUGAUCCUGUAGUACCCGUACCUCUGCUGUGACUGCGUUCUCUUCGGCAAACACUGGAAGGGGUGCGCUGGGUUUACAGUCCUCUGACCCGAGGAUGACGACGGAGAGAUUUUAAAGACUUUUCAGACAUCACUACGAGCGGCUUGUUUUUGUUUACCUGCUCAGCUGGAGGUAAAUGAAAGAUGAAUCACUGAGUCAUACUGACUCCAUUUACACUUCUUUAAUUAUUUUCACCACUCGCCGCUCAGUUAAAGCUGCUGUUUACUGAAGGAUGUGGCUAAUGCUGCAUCAUGAACAGAGACUGAAGAUCAGGCGUUUGUAACGCUCCUCUGUGCACAACCAGCAAAUAACAUGAAGCCUUAACGUCCAUGCGAAACUCUCAGCCUUAAAAACCAAAGUGCCGACACUGAGGAGGAUUUUUAAUGUUUCAUGAUUAUUCUCCUUUCUAACAGAUGUAUGGUACAAACUUCUGUUUCAAAAAAGUAAUAAACAGAUUUCAUAUCUUGUUGUUGGUA